AUGCCUUUAUCGAAACCAUUAUUGGCUGCUAUCAGUGGUUACGCAGUAGCUGGCGGUCUUGAGUUGUCAUUAUUAGCUGAUAUACGUGUUGGCGAACGUUCAUCAAAAUAUGGUGUUUAUUGUCGUCGACUUGGGGUUCCAUUAAUUGAUGGUGGUACCGUUCGUUUGCCACGUUUAAUUGGUUUGUCAAGAGCAUUGGAUAUAAUUAUAAGUGGUAGAACAGUAAAUGCAGAUGAAGCACUACAAAUUGGAUUAAUCAAUCGUUUAGUUGAUGAUGGGCAAUCAUUAAAUGAGUCAAUUUCUUUGGCAAAAGAACUAUUAAAAUUUCCUUAUGAAUGUAUGAAUACGGAUCGCUUAUCAGCGUAUUAUUCAAUCAGUCAUACAGUGGACGAAAGCUUAAAUAACAAUCUUGAAUUAUCGUUAAAUUUUUACGACAAUUUAUCAUCAAGUAUGUUUUAAGUUUCACACUGUUGCUGUUCACAAGUUUUCCAGAACAGUCGGUUUUUCAUUGGAUACAUUGGGACCGCCCUUUUAUUCCAUCGAGUUGAAAGUUUUACCAGAGGUGCUUAAGGCCAUAGUACAGACGAAGACUUUUAAAAAUUAUUUUUUUGAGACGUUUGUGGUUCAGUUAUAGAAAACAUACCUAAAAACGUCUGAAAAACCAAGUUUUUCAGUUUUAGAAACCCUGUAACUCGGUAAAGAAAGGUGUAAAAUAAAACAUGUAUCAAGUCUAAAAAGUUUAAAAAGUCUGAAAGUCUAAGAAAUCUAAAGUCUAAAAAGCCUAAAAGUUUGAAAAACCUAAAAAUCUAAAAGCAAGUACCGUAAUGUUUUUUACUAUUCUCAAGUAAAAAAACAUAUGGUGCAGAUAAAAUAGAGUACAUCUUGAUAUUCCGACGUAAUUUGGAUGGUUCUUGGCUGGAUUAUGAGUUUUUUAAUGAAGAGGUUUUCCAAAGAUCCGCUGAAAAACCUAUCUUCAAAAUUGUUUCGAGUUCUUUGUGAAAAUAGUCCUUUUCUCAUUAGUGAAAACCGCAGCUCUCUAUCGAUCAUCGUCUUCGAGCUAUUCAAAAAACGUUUUUGAAACCUUCUUUUUGAGUCGACAAAUCGAAAAAAACGCGAAGGGUCUAAAAACUCGAAAAAACGAGAAUGUUCGAAAAACUUAGAUUUUUCGACUUGGGCUUUUAGUCGAAACGUUCAAACUAUUCUUGUCUCACUCAGCAUUAAAAGCUGAAUUAAAAAAUGAUAUUAAUUCCAUUUCGAAGGUGUGAUUUAUACCACAUUCGAUGCGCCUUUAGAUGGGCAACAAUAGUAUGUAGAGCGUUUUUCGAAAUUCCGUUCUGUUGUUGAAAAAAUUCAUUUUUUCUAAAUCAUAGGCGAGAAAGUAAGAAUUCUACUCGUAAUUCUCAAUUUUCUCCCUCAGAACUCGACUUUUAUGCCAUAAAAUAUUAUAUUCGGAAUCAGGAUCGAAAAAUCAGUAGAUAGAUUUGUAUUUCUAUCUUAUCGAACUACUUUAGGUUUUUCGAACUUUCGCGUUGAAAAAUUACGGAGACUUUCACCCAAAACAGAAAACCAACUAAAAAUUUCGACACAUCAAUCUACCGAUUUUUCGAUCCUGAUUCCGAAUAUAAUAUUUUAUCGGAUAAAAGUCGAGUUCUGAGGGAGAAAAUUGAGAAUUACGAGUAGAAUUCUU